GUUCGUUUCACUCUUCGUUUCCUUCCUCAUUUCUACUCUUGGGCCUUCUCGAAAGUCUCUAGUGCAGGAACGGCGUCGGCGCCUAAAUAGCCCAAAACUAUUACGACUGAAGACCGCAUGUCUCUGUCGCCUGGGAUGGACGAGGCAAAAGGGGCUGACGAACGGCUUACCGCGCUACCUCCGAUGGAACCUGUGGACUUCGACAGACCCGCGCCCUCGUCUUUCUCUGCCAGUUCUAUCAACCUUAAGGGAGAAUGGGAGCUGGACACGCAGGCCCUAAUCAGGGGUGCCGAAGACAUCGUUACGAAGGUACUCUAUGCUGAUGACGAUGCAUUACUUAACCCUUGUACUUUCCGCAUGUGGUUUAUAGGAAUUGGACUCGGCAUUUUUGGAGCUCUUAUGGAAACGAUCUACUUCUUCCGACCCGUUACCCUGGAUGUUUCGAAUAUCUUCCUCGCGUUAUGUGCCUACAUGAUCGGGAUUUUCAUGGAGAACGCAAUCCCAAGGAUGGGCGCCAUAGGUCGCUGGCUAAACCCGCACUCGUUCAAUGCUAAAGAGCAAGCCGCCAUCGUUGUCGUUGCCUCAUCUGCGUCACAAGUUGCGCUCGCAAUAGGCAUAUAUCGUGCACGUCGAUGUCACAUUAGGAGGGAGCAGUAUGCGAACAAUGACAAAAAUAUAUAG